CGAAAGAAAAGUUUUAGACCCCCCCUUAUGUUUUUGUUGGGGGAGAAAUUGUGGGUAGCGGAUCUGGUGAAUGUAGCGUGUGCGUGGUUUUUAACCCCUUCGCCGUUAGGGAAUUAUAUAUUUUUCUUUGGGGGAUAUAAACUAAGGCGAUAUGUUCGUGAUAUAAGUAGAUGUUAAACCUUUUUAUUAGUUCUGGCCAGGGCAAACUCACUGCUGGCUAGUGUUGUAAGAGCACUUAUCCUCACCCCCUUCUCCCGUUAGCAUAGCUAGUGUUAGCUAACUAGCUACCUUUCUCUUCCACAAUUUGUGUGGUACAGCUGAAAAAAAGUUGCUGCUGAAAUGGCGGAAACCAAAAUAAUAUACCACAUCGACGAGGAGGAGACGCCGUAUUUGGUGAAGAUUCAGAUUCCUGCCGAAAAUAUCACUUUGUUGGAUUUUAAACAGGUCUUGAACAAGCCCAACUACAAAUUCUUCUUUAAGUCUAUGGACCAGGACUUCGGGGUGGUGAAGGAAGAGAUCUCAGACGACAGUGCCAAGCUCCCCUGCUUCAACGGACGAGUGGUGUCAUGGUUGGUUUCAUCAGACACGCCAGGAGCAGCAGAGCCAGUACCACCAGUCCUUCCUCCACCCCCAGCAGAAGUCCGGCCCCCGCCCUCACCCCCUCCUCCUCUCCCACCCCCACCUGUCGAGAGGACCGGGGGCAUCGGUGACUCCAGACCCCCAUCGUUCCAUCCCAAUGCAGCAGGCAGUGUGGAGAACCUGGAUGAACAGACAGAAACAGAGUCUGUGGUGUCCUUCAGGAGAGAGAGACCCAGACACAGGGAGGCCAUGGAGCAACAUGGGCCUAGGAUGAACGGCCAGAGCCGCAUGGAGCGCCACCUAGCGGGCUAUGAGAGCGCUACCACGGUGAUGAGCAGCGAGCUGGACACCACCAGUUUCUGUGACUCUGAGGAUGACGACACCAUGAGCCGGUUCAGCAGCUCCACAGAGCAGAGCACGGCGUCCAGGCUGCUCAAACGCCACCGCAGGCGCAAGAAACAGCGCCCGCCCAGGCUAGAAAGGGCGUCGUCGUUCAGCAGCGUGACUGACUCCACCAUGUCUCUAAACAUCAUUACCGUCACGCUCAACAUGGAGAAGUAUAACUUCCUAGGCAUCAGCAUCGUGGGCCAGAGUAACGAGAGAGGGGAUGGGGGCAUCUAUAUCGGUUCCAUCAUGAAGGGAGGGGCGGUGGCUGCCGACGGACGCAUCGAACCCGGGGACAUGCUGCUUCAGGUGAACGACAUCAACUUUGAGAACAUGAGCAACGACGACGCGGUGCGCGUGCUGAGGGAGAUCGUGCACAAACCGGGGCCCAUCAUCCUGACAGUGGCUAAGUGCUGGGACCCGUCACCUCAGGGCUACUUCACCCUCCCCCGCAAUGAGCCGAUCCGGCCCAUAGACCCAGCAGCAUGGGUGAGCCAUUCGGUAGCCCUGGCGGGGGCCUACCCUCCCUACACCGGCAGCUCUGCUCUCAGCACCAUCACCACCACCUCUGUCACUGAGACAGAACGUUUUGAUGACUUCAACCUGUCCCUGCACUCUGACAUGGCGUCGGUGGCUAAGGCCAUGGCCUCCCCAGAGUCUGGCCUGGAGGUCAGAGACAGGAUGUGGCUCAAGAUCACCAUCCCCAAUGCCUUCCUGGGUUCUGAUGUGGUGGAGUGGCUGUACCACCACAUCGAGGGCUUCCAGGACCGCCGCGAGGCCAGGAAGUACGCCAGCAACCUGCUGAAGGCCGGCUUCAUCCGCCACACGGUCAACAAGAUCACCUUCUCAGAACAGUGUUACUACAUCUUCGGAGACUUCAGCGACUGCGAGAACUACAUGGCCAACCUGUCCCUGAUUGACAACGACGGUUCCAGCGGGGCCUCCGACCAGGACACCCUGGCCCCCUUGCCCCUCCCGGGGGCCACGCCUUGGCCCCUGCUACACUCCUUCCCUUCCUUCCAGUACCCCCACCCCCACCCCUACUCCAGCCAGCCCCCACCCUACCACGAGCUGUCCAGCUACAGCUUCGCUCCAGGCAGCACGGGCACAGCCAGUCAGCACAGUGAAGGGAGCCGGAGCAGUGGGUCAACGCGGAGCGAGGGGGGUGAGAGGCGACGAGGCAGUAAGGGGGGUCAAGGCAGUACGGCGGGAGGAGGUGAAAAGUCCCCCUCUGGAGGAGGGGAAGGGGGGGACUCUCGCUCGGGCAGCGGCAGCGAAUCAGAAUACUCAGUCCGCAGCAGCCUGAGGCGGGGCCACGGCUCGGCCACGCCUAGCGAGCACAGCCACUCCUCACAGCGCUCGCAUCAUCAUCAUCACCGCAUGCCACCGCCCCCCCACAUGUCGCCCUAUCCCCCGGGGAUGCCCAUGCCCUACAACCCUAUGAUGGUGAUGAUGGUGCCCCAGCACCCACACAUGGGACCCCCAAACAUGGGACACCCCCACCAGUACCCCCAGCAGCACCCCUCGGUCCCCAUGCACCCGGGUAUGGGCCCCUCUGUCCCUGGAGGACCACCCGGGGCCCCCCCAACCCGUGACCUGGGCUCUGUUCCCCCUGAGCUGACGGCCUCACGCCAGUCCUUCCACCUAGCCAUGGGCAACCCCAGCGAGUUCUUUGUGGAUGUCAUGUAGUCUGAUGACGUGCGUGUGAAGUGAGUGACUGUUGAUGUGAGGUUUAGGAGUUUCACUCUUUGGGGACUGAAUAUUCUAGUCUAUGCUGGUAAUUAACUUGUGGUCUGAUUAGGACCUAGUAGAUUGGUGUCACUCAUUUCAUGUCUGGUAAGAACAGGGUUCAACAGUGAGUCAAGAGGAAUUUUGGCACAGUAUCAUAAAAGACAUGAAAUGCAUCAUGUCUGGUUUCCCUUUUCUGAAUAUACUGGCAUACAUCUUGACUUGCAACUCCGAAACAUGCUGCUGGACUCUCCAUGUCAGAAAAGCAACUCUUCUCGUUUUAUUUAAAACGUGUGUGUAUUGGUUUAGUUCUGCUUCUGAAAUCACCGAUUUCAAAAUCAAAUUCUAUUGGUCACAUACACAUAUUUAGCAUUUGUGAUUGCGGUUGAAGUGAAACGCUUGUGUUCCUAUCUCCAACAUUUAGUUAAUAGCGUUUGGCUGACUGGGUGGGUGUGAGUAACUAUAGUGGUGGUUCAUUGAAACGACUGAAGUAACGAACUGGCCAAAUGAGCUGUCGCCAAGUGUACUGAGAUGACUCAGACAGUAGAGGGCGCCACUUCCUCUUUUAUAGGUGAAAUUGAUCAUGUUGUGUUGAUAAUGGCAUUUGGGGCUGUAUCACGUGACUCAUAAGUGCCUUAUUUUCAGCCAUUAGCCUCCUAAAAGACAUGUAUGAAAUGUAUUAUGUCUCAUCGAGCCCAUUUUUUUUCAUGAACUUGUGUGCCAACUAGUUUUUAUUGUAUUAUUUUUGCCUUUGUAUAUAUCUAUAAUAACGUCCAUGUAAAUGCAAUAGUAUAGAAUAGUGAACUUGUGAAGCUAUAGGUCAAACAAUGACAGACAAACUUCUGUCUGGCAAUCAGAGGAUAAAGACCUCAAAUGACAAGAAUGGGUACCAUGUACUGUAACCAUGUCUAGGACUAUGUGGCAUAAGAAAUGGUACUUCAGGCUGACAUAGGCACACCAAAAACUGUACUUUUGGGAUUGAAUCAUGAGUUUUCUCUUCAAAUAACUGUGAUUUCCCCCUCAUCCUCUUGCCUCAUAUUUUGUAUGUUAAUGACACGCGUUAGCAUCCAUUUUGUACGAAGGAAUAUAUAGAAGAUGACAACGAUGAUGUAUAACCGAACCAUAAAGGUGCUAAAUGAAGUAUAGCAGUGUCACCUUGGUGUCCUUCUUGUUUCAUUUCAUUAUUGUCACUUUUUGUUUCUGUAUUUUAGAAUAAAUGUGUAAUAGACUGAA